CUUACCAAUCCAGGUCGAACCCAAAACAAAAAUCCCUCUUCCAUUUCUGGAUUUCGAUUACUUAACUCGCAAGUAACGUUUUUCGCGGCCUUUUUUCAGACUCGAAUGAUGGACCACAUAAACCAUCUAGCAUCUAGGCUCACUCUAGAUGAGCAGAGGACUCAGAUGACACUAUGGUCCAUGGCCAAGUCCCCUCUAAUGUUUGGAGGAGACGUUCGUAAGCUCUACGAGAAUGCAACAUUCGACAUCAUCACCAAUCCCACAUUGUUGGAAAUAAACCACUUCAGCUCCAACAACUCAGAGGUUCAUCUUGCUAGUGGCGACGAAACCAGAGCAUGGAUCGCGAGUGGAAGAGCAGCUAGGAGAUAUACCUAGCUUUCUCAACCUUAACAACACACGGGCGAUGGUGUCAACAGCUAUGUCGGACAUAGCCACAGCUCUUCCAUGGAAGAGGGUGGUGCGAUGAUGUCGAGGAAAAGAAGUUUGGAGCGGGAGAAAUAUGGGUGUUAUGAAUCGCACGUUGUCUAUGGCAGUGGAAGCUCAUGGCUCUGCUCUUUUUGUUCUUAAUUGUAGCUGAAAAGUGGGAAUUUACAUGCAAAGUUUAUCAUUACAAUCCUAACCUAACACUUAGGCCGCGUUUAGUAUCGAUUUGUUGCAGUUGUGGUUGUAGUGGUGUUGUGUAAACAGAUGUACAACCACAACAGGAAGAAAAAAAAAACAGAAAACACAAACCUGUUUAGUUGAUAAUCUGAAAAAUAAUGAAAGCAGACAACAAGAAACAAAAACGCGUUCAAUUACUACUAUUAGAAUAAAAACCAGAAAAGAGAGGAGGCGGCAGCGGGGGGAAAGGAUUCGAAGUCGGCGACGGGAAUCGAGAGGAGGAGGCGGCAGGGGUUGCGAGGUCAGGCGACAGGGGAAAGGGAGGCGGCGGGGGCAAAGGGACGAAAUCGACGAGGAGGGGGAGAUGGACGAUAUCGGCGGCCUGGGUCUCGAGAGGAAGAAGUUGAGAGAGGGAGAGAGCUAUUGGGCGGCGGGUUUGGGAGAAAAUGAGGGUAGGGUUGGCCGACUAGGGUUUGGAGGCGGGUUUGGGAGUUAAAAAAAAGAGAAAUUUUUUGCUUUAGGUGGGAUUCGAAGUGAGGGUUGUUUUAAUGAAAACAAACUGGAAUCCCGUGUAAAACAGGUACAAGAAUCAAAUCCAAAGCAAUAAAUUGUUGUUUCUCAAAUUUGGGCCCUGUUGUGCAAAUCUGAUACACAACAAAAAAUAGAAACCCAACUAAACAUAUUUUUUUUCUUGGUUUCUCCAAUCUUGAAAAACACAACAGAAAACAAAAAUAGACAAGAAUACUAAACGGGGCCUUAGAUAAAGAGGUUCUCCAUUAGAAUGUACUCAAUUUUAAAUUUCCAACCUUCUGAGUAAAUUUAGGAAGGAUAUUUUUGUCAUUUUAAUUAAAAUCCAAAACAGUUUGUUAAUUAUACAAAUGGAAAAAGUUUGGGUUAAUACCUUAUUUUCGCCGAACUAUAACCAUAUAAUCAGCAUUGGUCAGUGGUUUCAGAAAUUCCCACCUGACCUCAACUAUACACUAUACAUACUCAAUUGGCCCGACUCAUGGUUUGGCCGUCAAUUUGAACGGUCAACACCGUUGACCGUUAGUCAACGGUCCAGGUCAUUGCCAUAUCAGCACAAAACCAAAAAAAAUUCAAAAUUCAAAAUAUUUUAUUGUUUUUUAUCUAAUUAAUAAGAUAAUAAAUAAUGGAAAAAAUAAAAUAAUUUCGGAACCCACCCCACUAUCAUCUCCCUACCUUUCUUCUUCCAUGUAUCUCUGUUUCCACCAUUACCAAGAACAGAGUGAAUGAGCUCAAUCCAAAAUCCUCAAAGUCACAUUGUCUUCUCUCCAAAACCCCUUCGAAAUCGGCGGCGGCGGCAGCUCCCGUGAGGCGGCAACUCCAUUAUCUGUAAUCUCCCCCUUUCAGCCUACCAAUAUGUUCCCCUUCCCCUGCAAACAAGAUUCUCGGCCUCAGAUUUAGGAUUCGGGAUUGGGGCUCGGUCUGAGUGAUUGUGGGUUAUGGGUUGGUGGCCGAGAUGGAGGGUUGCCGAUAGACUCGCGACCACUGUUGGGAAGGAAGAAGCUGGGUUCGAGCGAUGAUGCCACUGAAAUAGGUGAAGAGGAAAGCCUGGAUUUUGAUGGUUCUCGUUGUGGCCAAGCUGCGACAAGAAGAUAGCAACGGAGCUUCCAUCUCCGCCGAGCGCCUCUCUCAUUUGCCUCUUCUGCCACCGACUGAAACCAGAAAGAGAAUCGAAAUGUCUGAAAUGGGCAAGAAGAAGAAGAAGAACAAGAAGCAGGGGAAGGGAAGAAAGACCCAAGAAGAGA